AUGUCGAUUGCAUAUCUCUGGUUAUGGAAGUGUAAUCCAAAUCCUUGGGAAAAGAACAAUGAAGAAAUAUGGGAAAGAUAUACAGACAUUGAAAUGACUAUCAUUGAAACAGCAUUUCAAAAAGGUUGUUUAAGUGUGGAAUUAGAUAACUUUAUAAUUGAUUUUGAACAAUUAAUACAAAUUAAUAAAAAGGAUUCAACAAAACAGAGACCUAUUCAACGAAUAUCUGAUAAAAAGCUUCAAUGUUCAAGAGAAGAACGAUUUACUUUGUCUGAUCACAGUGGGACAAAUAGACAACAGAAAUCGUUUGGAGAUGAAGCUAAAUUCAUGACACCAAAAUUCAUUGAAGAAUGGAUUAGAAGAAAUCCACGUAUUUCUAUAGUUAAACGUGUCGAAAAAGCAGCGCAAGGUAUCCUGGAGGAAGGUCGAAUACUUGAAAAAAUUGUCGAGAGUAAGUGGUUAGCAGAACAAUUGUUAGAAGUUAAAGACAAGUCAUGGGAUGAAAUUGCUGAACGUUGCUUAUAUUUAUAUACAAGAGAAUGUUUUCUUUAUAAAUUAUUAAACAAAGCAUUGAGAGAAGAAGAUCUAUCGAAAGUUGACACGUUAGGACCUUACUGUGAUUUCCUAUGGAAUAGUCUUUCAUCAGAAGACUUGAAAUCGAAAUAUCAAUUUACAGGUUUAGUUUAUCGCAGCGCAACAUUGGAACAGAAUGAAAUCGAUGCUUACAAAAAUUCGAUUAGAAAAACUAAAGAAUGGCUUGGAUUUUCGUCAACAAGUAAAAAUCGUGCUCUAACAGAAUUCUAUGGUAAAAAUACAAUUUUUAUAAUUAAUUUGCCAUCACAAACACAACAUUUAGAUAUAUCUACAAUAUCACAGUUUCCCGACGAAGAAGAAGUUUUAUUGGGAGCUUCAACAAGUUUUCAAAUUGAAGACGUUCAAUAUGAUGAGAAAACAGAAAAAAAUCAAAUUUAUCUAAGAAUUUUAUGGUAGAAUUCAUCUAAGAACAAAAUUAUUUUUCGUUUAAAUUAGAAAAUAAUUAUAAUUUAAAUGUUAUCAAUACGAUGCAAUAGAAAUAGAAAUGCAAGUUUUUUUUGUUUGAUAACAUGAAUACGACUAUGAUGGGUGGUACCCAGAUGAAAUCUAUGUUUUUGAUAUUAAACAUAAUUGUUACAGACAAUGAAUUUUGUUAUUAGAACUCAAUUCACAAUGUAUAAAUAUGAACUAAAUUCAAACCAAAACAUUUUUUUAAUAAAAAGCAAUUGUUUAAAGCUGAAAGCCGCUAUGGCUGGAUGGUUAAGAUGUUCGGCACAUAUCCACAAGAUAGUGCGUUCAAACCUCGGCGCCAUCAUCCAUAGAAUAACCUUGGAUAAGUUACUAACGGCU